CUGCAUUGCAAUUUGUUUUCGCGAAAUAAAUCGCCGGCAAAAUGACGGAAGAAUUACAAAAAGCCAUUGAUAUCAAGGCCACAAACAAACCAGGCGCCAUUGACAUAUUACAUAGUAUUGUGAAACGAGAUGCUGACUUGAACAAUGAGGAAAGCGUGAAAGUAAAGGAGCAAUCAAUUCUGGAACUGGGCGCCCUUCUGGCACAGUCAAAACAAGCAGAGGAGCUUGCUGGUCUGAUUAAAUUCACACGACCAUUUCUGGGUAUGGUUAGCAAAGCAAAGGCAGCAAAAUUGGUACGAGCGUUGGUUGAUCUUUUCCUGGAUAUGGAAGCUGGUACAGGGAAAGAGGUUGAUCUAUGUAAAGAAUGUAUAGACUGGGCCAAAGAUGAAAAGAGAACUUUCCUGAGACAAGCUUUGGAGGCCAGAUUAAUUGCGUUAUAUUUUGAGACCAAAAAAUAUCAGGAUGCACUUUUAUUAACAUCAUCAUUACUGAGAGAACUGAAAAAGUUAGAUGAUAAAGCAUUGUUAGUGGAAGUACAGUUGUUAGAAUCAAAAGUAUACCAUGCAUUGAGUAACCUACCUAAAGCCAGGGCGGCACUGACCUCGGGGAGAACCACAGCUAAUGGAAUAUAUUGUCCACCAAAACUCCAGGCAGCUCUUGAUCUACAGUCAGGUAUAUUGCACGCGGCAGAAGAGAGAGACUUUAAAACAGCGUACUCAUAUUUCUACGAAGCAUUUGAAGGCUACGAUUCCAUCGACAGUCCUAAAGCUAUAGUUGCCCUUAAAUAUAUGUUGUUGAUGAAGAUUAUGCUCAAUGUAGCAGAUGAGGUACAGGCGAUAGUGAGUGGAAAGUUGGCAUUGAAGUAUUCAGGACCAGAAGUAGAAGCUAUGAAAUCUAUAGCAACAGCCAGUCAUAAACGAUCUCUAGCAGACUUUCAGAAGACAUUGGUUACCUAUAAGUCACAGCUGGAGGAAGAUCCCAUUGUCUCGGCACAUCUAAAAACAUUAUAUGAUAAUUUAUUGGAACAGAAUCUCUGUAGAAUUAUAGAGCCAUUCUCUAAAGUACAGGUGCAGCAUGUAGCAAACUUGAUCAAAUUACCAGUGGCCAACGUGGAGAAGAAACUUUCACAGAUGAUCCUUGAUAGAAAAUUCCAUGGAAUUUUGGACCAGGGUGCAGGUGUACUGGUUGUGUUUGAUGAGACCGAAGCUGACAAAACUUAUGAGACUGCACUGGAAACCAUCCAGGAUAUGGGAAAAGUUGUUGAUGCUCUCUACAACAAGGCAAAGAAACUGUCGUAAAACAUACAGACAGGCAGAACUAUAGACAUAAACUUUUUCUAUUUAUUUACAAUGCAUCAAGUGUAGAAAGAAAGAUCUCCGAAGAACAGAAAAAAUUAAUGGUUAAGUGAAUGAAUUUGUUUUGGUGCAUACGUCUUCAAAAAAAAGAAAAGCUGCCAGUGGAGUUAAAUUGCCAUUCACUGGGUUCAUACAGACCGUGAAAACACAUUGAAUUGCAUGCUAGGCUUUGAAAACGUUUUGAAAAUGACUGAUACCUUUACAAAAACAAUAAAAUACUUGAUGUUUGAAAACAAAAAUGCUUGAUUUUCAAUCAAAUCUUGAAUUUCAACCAAAACUCCUUUGAUUAAGGUUUCAAGACCUGGCUUGGAGAGGAAUAGUCCUUAUAAUAGUGAAAAGGAAGCUCCUUGAAAAGUACUUGAAUAUUGUUCUGGAUGUUCUGCAUGAAAAUGAAGAAUUUCAAGUUGUUCAGUUGUACAUGGUUUUUGGCAGUGUAUGGCAAUUAGUCAUACAAAUUUUACACAUUCAGGUCAGUGAAUAAGGGAUUGGGAAGCAUACUUGCAACAUUUAAGACAUUUCUUCUAGGGAUGUUUGAGCAUUAAAUUGUAAUUCAAUGUUUUUAUCCUGAUCCAGCAAAAUGUUUUAUUAGGUAUAGUUAUUGUUUUCAAACUAGAAAAUGAUAAUUUAAGUGAGAAGAAAUAGAAUGGUCAUUUAAUGUGGUUAAGGAUAUUGCAAAAACUUGCUGAAAAAUAUUAAUUAAAUGAAAAACAUAUAUUUCUGCAGAAAUAUUUUGACAUGAUACAAUGUGCUAUUAAAAUCUGUUUAUAUCAUCCAUUUCUUGUUUGUUUAAACUGUUGAUAUAUGAACUUGAAGACACUGAAAUCAUUUCAUUUUGUGUGCACGAAGUUUCAUGAUUUAGGCCAAAAUGACUAUUUUGUGGGGAUAUGAAUUUGUGGAUUUAAGAUUAGGAAUGUAAAAUGAAUGGGAGUUAUAUAGAGGAUAUUUGUUUAAUUCUGACUGAAUGUAAGAUAUAGAUAUUGCAGGUAGUGAACAAUAGAUGGAAUAUUUUCAUGAGUGGGGCAGCCACAAGUGAAAAUGUAAAAUAUGGCAUUCACAAGUGAAAUAUAUUUUGAUUUUACAUGUAAAAUAAACAAAUUUUUUUUAGCUCACUUGAACCAAGGGUUCAGAGUGAGCUAUUGUGGUGAUGCUUCCUCUGUUGUCUGGUGUUAGCUUUUUACCUUAAAACAUCUUUUUCUCAUGAACGUCUUGAUGUAUAAUUACAAAACUUGGUCUGUAUCAUACCGAUAAGGUACUCAAUCAGAUUUGUACAAAUGGUUCCAUUUGACAGAUUUUAGGGGUUAUCAGAGCUAAAACUAGGAAAACAUUUAAAUGACUUAUAAUCAUGAACUUAUUGAUGGAUCAUCACCAGACUUAGCAUCUCCAGGGAUCAUCCUAGGUCAAAAUUUUAGGGAGAAGUGACAUCUCCCUCAGCAGAAUUUAGGGAGAAAUCGAGGAAUUUAAGGAGAAGAUUCGGCCUAGUAUUCAGUUUACUGCCUAUAUAUAUCCGCUUUCUAUGGGUCUUGCUAUAAUUAUUUAAUGUAAUUGAAUUAUUGCAUUAUUAUUUUCAUGAAUUUCUAAAUAAAGUAUAAACUUAGCUAUGAAAAAGUCGCCUUUAAAUUGUUAUCCGAAAUUUACGCGUCCGAAACUCGUAAAUUUAUCAGGUGCAUGAUCGAAACGCUGUGAAAAUUUUCAUUCAUGUUUCGAUUCUCAUGCUUUAAUAAUGCCCGAUUCUUCAAUCAUCUAGUUCAGAUUUGUACAUUUAAUUGAUUUAUUUAUUAAUUGUUUCGAAAAUAAUACCAAACUCGUACAUAUUGGCGAUCUUUUUACAAUAUUUUGUACGGCAGUUCAGACGUCCGCGGAAUCGUUUUUUUUAUCCACAGCGCACGGGCAAUUCAUUUACAGAAAUCGGCCGUAUUUGAAAUAAUUUUUGAAGUAAUUUUUAAUAAAAUCAAGAAAUAAUAUACAAUUGAUGCAUAAGAUCAUGCACUCGUUAAGUUUAUCGGCUUUUUACACGCCGAUUGAAAAUUUUCAAAAUGGCGGCGGCUUACAAUAUUAUUAACAGUGGGAUAUUAACACUACGAUUGGCUGGUUUGACAGGCGAGUGGGCGGGGUUGACUAUGGAUUUAUUGGUAAUUAAAUCUAGAAUAUGCAUCAAGUUUUACAACUUUAAGUAAACAGAUUACAACACUCUGAAAAACUUGGCGAUUUGGAUUUCGCCUGGAGGCGAUAAUUAGGCGAAGUGGCCGACUUUACAGCGAUGAUAUCGCUCAAAUCGCCUUGUAGGAUGAUCCCUGAUCUCUGUAGCAUCCAUGUAAAGUCCUCUCUCAAUUUUUUUGCCCUGUGCAUCAAAGAAAUGCGAUGUGUCUGUCCCUCUGUCUGUCCAUUGUCACAUUUCCUGACCAUUCCAUAACUUCUAUCCAUCAAAGGAUUUUGAAAUUAAGGUGAUGUCUUGUUGCAGGCGAGACCCAGGCCCCUAGCUCCAAGGUCAAGGUCACUCUUGGAGGUCAAAGGUUAAUAGGGUCUGUUUUAUGUCCGGUCCAUAACUCUGCCAUUCAUCAAGUGAUUUUGUAAUUACUUGGCACAAAUGUUCCCCAUACUUGGAGGACCUGUAGUGAACAAGAUCCAGACCUGUAUUACAAUUCCCUAAUGUUAAUCAUUCAAAGUAAAACACUUCCAGAGAUAUUUGCAACACAACCCUUGGUAGGCAUUAUUUUGACAAAGUCAAGGGUCAUAAUUCUAGGUUGACUAAGAGGAACACCAAACAACUUCACGUGCUUAAUAAUAUCCCUGUAAGAAUUGAUGACUUUAGGUUAACUACAUUUGGAGACACUCUAGACAAUCUUUUAGGCCCUCUAUGCAUAUUUUUGACUAGGUUGAGGGCCGUAAUUCUGCAAUGGCUGAGUGAAGUCCCAAACAAAACCCAAAGCUUACAAUUUCACAUGCUGAAUAUUAAUCCUAUAAUGUUGAUUGACGCUAGGUCAACUACUUUUUGAGAAACUUGCAUGAAAAACUUUGAGGCCCUUGAAGGGGUAUUUUCGACUAAGUCAAGGGACAUACCUCUGGGCUGGCUAAGUGGUUUCCUAGACAGAACUGCAGGUGCACACUUCAUUUUCAGAACAAGAUUCCUAUAAUUUUGCAUGACCUUCAGUCAAUUUUUUUUUAGUUAACUUUUAGGCGCUUUCAUGCAUACUUGUGAUUAAGUCAAAGGCCAGAGCUCUGAUCUGGCUGAGUGAAAUCUGAAACAAAUCUCAAGGUGCACCAAACUCCCCGCAGAGAUUACUUCCCCUUACGAUACAUUAACCACUGCAGUCAAGAGUAGUUAACCAGAUUUGGUUAUUUUUUUAAUAUUGCAUUAUUCGCAUCAAGACGGUAAUAUUUGCGCACAUAAUUGUUCAAAUAACAAAUUGAAGUGACCUUUGUCAAAAAUAUCUAUUGGAUGUUUGACAAAUGAAACUGGCUCCCGGAUUUUGUUACUUUGGAGUCUCCACUAUUUUGCAUUGUCAUGUGACUUUUUCAUCGUCACAUGCAGCAGUUAUAAUGAACGCAAGGGAAGGUAACUGCUGUGAGGAGCUUGAAGGUGCACAACUUCACAUGCUGAUUAAAAUUCAUAUAUGGUUUGAUGGCUCUAGGUCAAAUAAUUUUUGAGGUAUGUACAACACAUAUUCAGGUGUACUUGCUUGUGGAAAAUCUUAACAGCUCCCCUCCAUAUUUUGGGGCCACAGAAAUUGUACACACAAGACUAGAGACUAUAAAAUUACCAAUUUUUGUAAUUUUAAAAGAGUUUUGAAUUCAAGAUUGCAAACAGAUUUUAAAAGCUGACAGGCAUGACGUAAGUGUCUAGUUGCAGGGGACACAAAAUAAAACAAAGACCGUUAGUGAAUUUUAUCUGUAUUUCAAGAUUUAUUAAUACAACAGUUAAAUUUCUAAGUAAAGUUAUUAGAAAACAUUUAAACUUCAGUAUAACAUUUACACAAGAAAAAAACCGAUUUCAGUUAUACAUUUUUCAUUUACCAGUAUUAACUAAACAGUCAGUAUGAGCUAUUAGAACAGAUACACAUUUUAUAGUCCUGUGAACUAAGAUUCUCCAAUUUCAUUUAUCUGCGACACUUGCCCUGACCCUGUUAUCCUCUUUUGUUAACCUGCUGGAUCUAAAUGUAUAAUAAUAAAAGUGAAUUCAGUUGAAAUUUUAGAUCCAUACUGCUGAUUGAAUUUAAACCCCUGCAACACAUUAUAUGUACAUAUUUUAGGUUAGUAUGCUUAUCAGUUACUACUUGGUCUUCAGGAGUUGGCUUUCAAACUUUCAAGUUAAAUUGCUUCUGUAAACAAUUUUUUUUCAUGAUAAAAAAUAUGAAGUUUUACAUCGCAAAAAAGUUCUAAUGAGAUGCAUAACACUAGUCAACAUAUUUCUAACCUUUUCCCUGCUAUCAUUCCAUUUGGGCAGUAUCAAUUAUUUUUUGAAGGGGUGUUCUCUGAAAAUUUACUAACUGAAAAGCGAACAGUGCAGAUUUAGAUGAGACUGCAUGGAUGUGCAGGCUCAUCUUGGUUAGCACUGGUUGAAAAGGCAGAAUCACUUGCAGCCAGCAGGCUAAAGAUUAAAAGUUACUUCAAAUGACCUACAGGGUUGUGGUGAAAAAUUGUGUAAAUCUUUAAUUUAAACAGAAGUUUUAUAUGUAACUAUGUUACUGAUAUUAAGAAGCAAGACAAGUGAAAACUAAUAGCAAAUAUUGUGAAAAAAAAAAAAAAAAAAAAAAAAAAAACCAAAUCCAUGUAGAGUGUUGACUUGUUUAAUAUUUCUUAAGUCUCACAGAUGCUUUACUUGGUUCAAAUUUUUUUUCUUUAUAUUUUUACUUCUUUUAUAUCUAUUUCUGUAGUUUAGUAAAUGAUUUGCAUUCGUACCACAUGACAGUCCCAUAUAUAUUUCCAUGUUGUGUUGGGUACUGUAUGUUUGAUUUUCGGGUGAUGUAACGUAUUUGGUUCCGAUUCUAACUAACUAAAUCAAUAUAUGUGCAUGAGCAUCAACCUAACACAAUGUGUUUGUAACUUUUAAAAGAUGGAACACUGUCUGUAUCAUGAUUUUCUUUUCUUUUUGAAAAUGGAAUACAGAACUUUUUUGAGAUAAAAAAAAACAA